GACAUAUUCAUGAUGUCAUCAUCCAGCAAGUUGUUACAAUCAGGAUCAAUAUAACAAUACUUCGGACAUGGGAUGAGGCGAUGCAGCCGGAGAAGUACCAAUUAUACGCGAAAUCAACUGUCUGUUGUGGACCGCACAGCGUUCGGCUAAUGUUCAUCACCAGUCUCUGUCUCCCAUUAUACAGUCCUUGAAGGCACUACAUAAACGAUAGGACGCGGUGAAGUGACUUUAGCAUCACAUUCACCUUCUACCUAGGAACGAGUUAUCUGGAGAUGAAGAGCUUUACGAAGGGUGCCAUCGCUGCUUAUAGUCUUCUCCUGUCUUUCUCGUUGUUUGAAGUUAUAUUUGCCAUAUUAUACUUCAUGGUAGAAGCAGACAGAAUCCCGUUUCAAGCCACUGUCGGCUGGGUUCUUUGUGGCUUCAGCGCUGUAACUUUCGUAUGGUCCUGCGUUCUCGUUGCUACAGUCAACAGACCACGUUCCACGCAUCCGCUCUGUACAGUCAAAGCACACUAUUUUCCUCUCUUCAUACUCUCCGUGAUCUGGAUAGGUUCAUUCAUUCUAUUUCGGCUUUGCUCUUAUCCAACUGAUGCAUUGUACGAUUUCAAAAUAGUUUUGACAUGCCUUAUACUCAAAGAUGCCCCCCGGAACUGCAAUCCAAUUCUAAUGCCGGAUGAUGGAGAAGGUAUUUUCUGUGGAUUCGCAGUCACAGUCUCAUUGCUGGCCUUUUCUAUCUUUGUCAUCUCGACGACGAUGGCGCCGCUCAUAUACAUCCAAUCGAAGAAGUAUGGGAUCCGAAAUAAUAUCGCUUCGCUCGAUAGCGCGUAUCGCCAUGCCGAAACGUCCCAACCCGAGAACUUAUCUAUAGGGCUCGACGCUUGAUGAACCCCGUUUGCUUUUCCCUCUCUUUCUCGGACAUUUCAGCGCAGUUCUAUGGACACGUACUUAUACAUGCCAUCAUGACCUUUGUAUGACGACACGAAUCUCCUUCCGCUCUUCCCAUUCUUCUGCAC